AGGGGUUUCGGCAACAAGGCCUCGCAUGGGGACACGGCGGCUCUCUGCAGCCCCAGGGGCGGCUGAGGGGGACAGGGGAACGGCUCUGAGGGGAGGCGGCAGCGGGGAGCUGGUCUCCGGGGGAGGUGGAAGCACGAGGGGCGAGGAGGGACGGGACCGAGCCCCCUCUCCUUCUCCUCAGGCAGGCAGGGGACGCCCUGAGGGGCAGUACGCCAGUAGGUGGCCGGCGGCGCCCCGCCUCUUCCCGGUUCGGGCAGAAGCAGAAGUGGGAGCCCCGGCGGGGCGCGGCGACACCGGCACCGCCACCUCCCGGACAGCCACCGGCCCCUCGAGCAGCACACUGAAAACCGUAAAAGUUUGAUAUAAAAAAACCCAAACAUGUCCAGAAAGAAUAUAGACUAUGGGGUGCUGCCGGAGUAUGAGAAAAGCCAGAUCAAAAGGACCUUGGAGCUGGGAACUGUUAUGACAGUAUUCAGUCUUAAGAAGAGUAGUCCAGAAAGGAGGACUAUACAAGUCAUAAUGGAAACCAGGCAGGUGGCAUGGAGCAAGACGGCUGACAAGAUUGAAGGUUUCUUGGAUCUGAUGGAAAUAAAAGAAAUUCGCCCAGGAAAGAAUUCAAAGGACUUUGAGCGUUGCAAAGCAAGGCACAGAGAAGAACACUGCUUUACUGUUUUUUAUGGUACCCAGUUUGUCCUCAACACCUUAAGUUUAGCAGCUGAUUCUAAAGAUGAUGCUGAUAAAUGGUUGUGUGGCUUGAAUAUCUUGUAUCAAGAAGUCAUGAGUGCUCCCACACCUGCAAUCAUGGAGAGCUGGCUGAGAAAGCAGAUCUAUUCUGUUGAUCAGACUAGAAGAAAUAGUAUUAGUCUUAGAGAGCUGAAAACUGUCCUUCCCCAAGUAAACUUCAAAGUGAGCAGCAUGAAGUUCUUGAAGGAUAAAUUUGCGGAAAUAGGUGCUCACAAAGAAGAACUUAGUUUUGAACAAUUUCAUUUGUUCUACAAGAAAAUCAUGUUUGAACAACAGAGAUCGAUUCUCGAUGAAUUCAAAAAGGAUUCCUCUGUGUUCAUUCUUGGAAAUACUGACCGCCCAGAUGCUUCAGCAGUUCAUCUCCAUGACUUUCAGAGAUUCCUGCUACAUGAGCAGCAGGAGUCUUGGGCACAAGAUCUGAGUAAAGUCCGAGAACGAAUGACCAAAUUUAUAGAUGACACUAUGAGAGAAACUGCUGAACCCUUCCUCUUUGUUGAUGAGUUCCUCACUUACCUUUUUGCAAAAGAAAACAGUAUUUGGGAUGAGAAAUAUGAUUCAAUAGAUGUGCAGGACAUGAAUAAUCCUUUGUCCCAUUACUGGAUUUCUUCCUCUCAUAACACAUAUCUGACAGGAGACCAGCUUCGAAGUGAAUCCUCCACAGAAGCUUACAUCAGGUGCCUUAGAAUGGGAUGCCGAUGUAUUGAGUUGGACUGCUGGGAUGGUCCUGAUGGGAAACCCAUCAUUUACCAUGGAUGGACACGGACAACAAAGAUCAAAUUUGAUGAUGUAGUACAAGCAAUCAAAGAUCAUGCCUUUGUUGCAUCUGAAUACCCAGUCAUUCUGUCAAUUGAAGAGCACUGUAGCGUAGAACAGCAGCGAUACAUGGCCAGAGUGUUCAAGGAGGUGUUUGGAGAUCAGCUUUUAAUGAAACCUGUUGAAGCCAGUGCAGAUCAGCUACCAUCACCAACCCAGCUGAAAGAAAAAAUCAUCAUCAAGCACAAAAAACUAGGGCCGAAGGGAGACAUUGAUGUGAACCCAGAAGAUAAGAAAGAAGAAAAAAAGCAACAGGGAGAACUUUACAUGUGGGACACAAUAGAACAGAAAUGGACUCGGCACUACUGUGCUAUUGCUGAUGAAAAGCUUUCAUUCAGUGAUGAUAUAGAACAGAAUGCUGAUGAAGAUUCAUCAAAGGAGGUAAAACGUACUGAACUGCACUUAAAAGAGAAGUGGUUCCAUGGGAAAAUGAAAGAGGGGAGAACAACUGCUGAGAAGCUGCUCCAGGAAUAUUGUGCUGAAAUGGGUGGCAAGGAUGGGACGUUCCUAGUUAGGGAAAGUGAGGCUUUCCCUAAUGAUUGCACCUUGUCAUUCUGGAGGUCAGGUAGAGUCCAGCACUGCCGUAUCCGUUCUUCAAGUGAUGGGGACACUGUGAAAUACUACCUGACAGACAACCUCACUUUUGAUAGCAUCUAUGAUCUCAUUCAACACUACAAAGAGGCUCACUUGAGAUGUGCUGAAUUUGAGCUGCGUCUGACGGAUGCUGUGCCUAAUCCCAGUCCUCACGAAAAUAAAGAUUGGUACUAUAGCAACUUGAGUCGGGGAGAGGCAGAAGACAUGCUGAUGCGAAUUCCUCGAGAUGGAGCCUUUCUGAUUAGGAAGAGAGAUGAGCCUGAUUCGUUUGCCAUGACUUUCAGAGCUGAGGGGAAGGUGAAGCACUUCCGAAUUCGGCAAGAAGGUCCCCAUUUUGUGCUUGGAACCUCGGCCUAUUUUGAGAGUUUAGUGGAGCUUGUAACGUACUACGAGAAGCACCCUCUGUACAGGAAAAUGAAAUUGCGUUACCCAGUGACUGAGGAGCUGCUGGAGCGCUACAGCAUGGAAAAAGAUAUAAACUCCCUUUAUGAUGUCAAGAUGUAUGUGGAGCCCAGUGAAAUCAACCCUACAGUGCCUCAGAGAACAGUGAAAGCCUUGUAUGACUACAGAGCCAAAAGAAGUGAUGAAUUGAGCUUCUGUCGAGGAGCUCUAAUUCAUAAUGUCACAAAAGAAACUGGAGGCUGGUGGAAGGGGGAUUAUGGAGAAAAAGUCCAACACUAUUUUCCAUCUAAUUAUGUUGAAGACAUGUCAUCUGAUAACUCUGCUGAGCUUGAAAGCCAGAUUAUCGAGGACAAUCCAUUAGGCUCUCUAUGUCGUGGCAUCCUGGUACUCAAUACAUACAACGUUGUGAAAAUGCCACAAGGGAAACACAAAAAGCCUUUUGUCUUCAUUCUGGAACCUAAGAAUCCAGAAGAUCCGUGUGUUGAGUUUGCAACUGAUAAAGUAGAAGAACUCUUUGAAUGGUACCAAAGUAUCCGUGAAAUCACGUGGAAAACUGCGGAAGAGGAGAACAGGAGGAAAUACUGGGAAAAGAAUCAAUUGAUUGCUAUUGAAUUAUCUGAUCUGGUAAUCUACUGCAAGCCGACAAGCAAAACCAAGGACAAUUUAGAAAAUCCUGAUUUCAAAGAAAUUCGUUCUUUUGUGGAAACCAAGGCAGAAAAUAUUGUUAAGCAAAAGCCAGUUGAGUUGCUGAAAUACAACCUGAAGGGACUGACGCGUGUCUAUCCUAAAGGGCAGAGGGUUGACUCAUCGAACUAUGACCCGUUUCGCCUCUGGCUUUGUGGCUCUCAGAUGGUGGCUCUUAACUUCCAAACUCCAGAUAAAUACAUGCAAUUGAACCAUGCCUUGUUUUCACUUAAUGGACGCACUGGCUAUGUUCUGCAGCCAGAAAGCAUGCGAAAUGAAGAAUAUGACCCAAUGCCAAAUGAAUCGAAGAGGAAAUUGCAGAUGAUUAUGACAGUGAGGGUUUUGGGUGCUCGCCAUCUUCCUAAGCCUGGUAGAAGCAUUGCUUGUCCCUUUGUAGAGGUAGAAAUUUGUGGGGCUGAAUAUGAUAACAACAAAUUCAAGACAACAGUUGUGAACGACAAUGGCCUUAAUCCAGUUUGGGCGCCGUGUCCAGAGCAAGUGAAAUUUGAAAUUUAUGAUCCCAAUCUAGCGUUUCUGCGCUUUGUUGUUUAUGAGGAGGAUAUGUUCAGUGACCCUAAUUUCUUAGCACAUGCCACCUUUCCUAUCAAAGGAAUCAAAGCAGGUUUUAGAUCAGUUCCUCUCAAGAAUGGUUAUAGUGAAGACAUAGAGCUAGCCUCGCUUCUGAUUCAUUGUGAAAUGCAGCAAGUUCUGGAAAGUGAAGAAGAGCUUUAUUCCUCGUGUCGGCAACUUCGGAAACGCCAGGAGGAGCUUAAUAAUCAGCUAUUCCUUUAUGACACCCAUGUGAAUUUAAGGAAUCCUAACAGAGAUGCUAUAUUAAAAGAAUUUAAUGUGAAUGAGCACAAACUACAGAUAUAUCAAGAGACAUGCAACCGCAGAUUAAAAGAGAAGAAAGUCAGUAACAGCAAAUUCUACUCCUAAAGCAGUCAUUCUUUGAUGGAAGUUUUAUGGAGCAAUUCAGGAGGAGAUAUUCAUUUAUCCUGGUCAUCCUACUCCAUGCAGAUCUCAUCAAGCUGAAUGAAUAGAAGAGGAGGAGGAGAAAAGAUGGGUUUCCUUAAUAAUUUCUUGUUAUAAGAAGAACUGUUUAAAUUCCUAAUAAUUUAUAUUCUGUACAAAGCAUACCCUCUGUGCAGGCCAGACUUCUGUGUAUUCAAGAUCUUUAAAAUUGGAGGGUGGGUAAUUGCAUAGACUUCACUUCUUAUCAAUACCUGAAGCACAAGUUUAAAUCAUCUACUGUAUUUGUGUACACAGGCUGUAGAUAAGACAUUCAUAACAAUGUACAUGCAUGGAACCUCACCACUUUAACAACCUGGCUCCUUAAGAUUAACUGGUAGUGAGUUUUUAAUUUAUUAAAUGCUGUAAAAGCACUUUUGCACCAGCAUUUCUUUUUUAAUGUAUGUUACAGCAGAUUGUACUUUCGAUACUGUAUAAAGUAUUUUGGGCAGCUAAUAGCUCAUACUGUAUUGUCUCGUUAUAAGUUUUCUGUUCUCUUUUUGAGUACCAAAUAAUGUUAAUUUUGUUGAAACCA